CUGAAUUCUUUGUUUCGAAUAUGUUGUUCGGUUUUCAAGUAUUGCGCUUUUUUUGCGUUCUACUAUUUUACCGUAACUUUUUGUGAUGCAGCUUAUUUUUCACAGGUAACUCAAUUUUUGAAUUAUUUUUUUUUUUGAAAAGAACCCCAAUUCAUGUUCUGAUUUCAAAAUGCUCAUAUUUUUGUUUCAGUUCUCGAUGCGUGCCCCGGAUCACGAUCCAUGUCAUGAUCAUACUGGUCGCCCAGUUCGAUGUGUACCUGAAUUCAUAAACGCGGCGUUCGGCAAGCCAGUUAUUGCAAGUGAUACUUGUGGAAUGAAUAAACCGACCAAGUGAGUAAAAAAUGCAUAAAAUGUGCAUAAAAAUUGAGUACUCUCAUUCGCCUCUCCCCAGUGAAUAUGUUUUUUAUGAUUAGUUUUCUCGAACAAGGUAUUUUAUGUGAACUGUUCUAGAUUCUGCACAGUUAACGAGGGACCUGAUGGACUUAUUCGAGAAUCGUGUGAAAUGUGUGAUGCAAAAACACAAGAACUCUCUCAUCCGGCUUCUCUUCUUACUGAUCUGAAUUCUGUUGGGAAUAUGACUUGUUGGGUGUCGACACCAAGUUUGAGUCCAGCUAAUGUUUCAUUGACACUUUCACUUGGCAAAAAAUUCGAGUUGACUUAUGUCUCAAUGCAUUUUUGCUCUCGCUUACCCGACUCGAUGGCUCUCUACAAAUCAGCUGAUUUUGGAAAAACUUGGACACCAUUCCAAUUUUAUUCAUCCGAAUGUCGCAAGGUUUAUGGAAAAGAGCACGAUGUUAAAAUCACCAAACAAAAUGAGCAAGAAGCUGUCUGCACUGCAUCGCAUAUUAUGGGACCAGGUGGAAACCGCGUAGCAUUCCCAUUCCUCGAAAAUCGUCCAUCAGCUGUCAAUUUCGAAAAUAGUCCAGUUCUCCAAGAUUGGGUUACAGCAACUGAUAUCAAAGUUGUCUUCUCGAGACUCAGCCCAGAUCAGGUAAGAAAACAUUUUUGAAGAAAAUCACCAAAAUUUUAAUAAAUAUUGAAGGCGGAAUUGUAUGGUUUGUCAAACGACAUUAAUUCAUUUUCAAACGACACCGAUGACGAAGUCAAACAACGUUAUUUCUAUUCAAUGGGUGAGCUGGCAGUUGGUGGUCGAUGCAAAUGUAAUGGUCACGCAAGUCGCUGUAUUUUUGAUAAAAUGGGUCGAGUUAGUGAAUCACCCCUCACUCUUUUUUCAUUCAUUCAAUCUAAUAUGUUUUUGUUCCAGUACACAUGCGAUUGUAAACACAAUACUGCCGGAACUGAAUGUGAAAUGUGUAAACCUUUCCACUAUGAUCGUCCGUGGGGUCGAGCAACUUCAACAUCCGCUAAUUCCUGUGUCGGUAUGUUGCCUAAAAAUCAAUCCUUCCUUCCCCUUAUCAUUCAUUUCUUCAUAACUCAUAAAAAGAAAUGAGUAUACCCGGUUUUUCAGUCAUAAAAAGCCGAAAAAUCAUAAUCAAAUUAUUAGGGAGGCGCAAAAAAAGGAGGAGAGGGUCGGGUCAAAAAGCUAUUUCAAGUGGAGUGGGUUGAUCAGCCGCCCAAUAAGCGCGUAAAAAAGCGAAUAAUUAUGAUUCUCCUCCAUACCUAAUUUAAUUUGAUAAGAUUUUUAUGUCUUUCCGCAAAAAAAAACACGAUUACCAAUAAAAUCCCAGCAGUUCCUUUUGAAAAACAAUAGGGACCCUUCCUCAUUUUGUAUUCAUAUACACAGGUGAUGGUAUUGUUGGGGGAGGGUAACCCUUUAUUAGUAUAUUAUUGUUAUAAACAAACAAAUCGAAACAAAUAGUGAGUGAAAAAGUGAGUGCAGAUUAAGUAUGUAUAUGAGGUGUGAAAAGGCAGCAGAAGAAGAAGAAAGACUGAAUUAAAAGAAAUCGGGUGAAAUCAAAUGGAAAAUUGUGUUUGUUUUGUUGUAUACUUUUUGUGAGAAGAAGAUGUUUUCUGAGCUGUCAAGUUUGGAACAAUUUAAUUAUAAAAUCCCAAACUACGGUAUGCACACACAUAAAAGAUAUGUGUGAAAUAUGGAAUUCUAAAAUAAAAUAAAAUUCGGGAAAGGGGAAGGAAGGGUUGUAAAUAAACAGCCGUCUUGGAUUAAUAAUGAUGAAUUUGAAUUUCAGCUUGCAAUUGUAACCAACAUGCAAAAAGAUGCCGAUUCGAUAGCGAACUUUAUCGCUUAAGUGGAAACCGGUAAGGAUUUUAAAGUUUUCAAAAUCUGGAAUUUAAAAAAAAACAUUUUGUUUCAGAUCUGGAGGUGUUUGCUUGAAUUGUCGUCACAACACUGCUGGAAGAAACUGUCAUUUAUGCAAACCUGGAUUUGUCCGAGAUCUCUCAUUACCUCUCUCACACAAAAAAGUGUGCAAAGGUGAGCAUCUGUUGUGUUUUUUUUGUCAUUCCUAUUAAUGUAUCAAAGCCGCAAAAUAGAUAUAUCUAGAUCGUCAAGGGGUUCCUCUUCUUCUUCUUUUUCUGUUUUUAAGUGUCUCGUUUGUUGCGUAAUUGAAAAAAAUUUGACCAUUGGAGAAAAUGAGAGGAGGAUUUUUCGAGAAACGGCACACAAAAAAAGAAUGGGGAAAUUAAAUUGGUAGUGCACUUUUUACGGGUGGUCCGAAAUUGAAAGUAGUUGGUCACUCUACUUCACCACCAUGUCCUGUCUUGAUUAGAUUGUAGUAGGAACUUUGUAUUCCCUUGAGAAUAUCACCUCAACAUUUUUCACUCUUUUUUUGAAAUGAAAUGAUAGGAAGGAUGUGUGAAAGGUGUUUGUUUGUUUAUUUAUCUGGGAACAUGCUUUACUUGAAUGACAAAAAAAAAUAAAUAAUAUUAAAAUGAAAUGUCCUUGGAUGGUCACCGACGCGAAGAGGCGAUGAUUGCAUAAGACAUCGCACCUCAUAUAAUAGCACCUUCAUUUUUUGUCUCCUAUAACCCAUCUCAAUUUAUUUAUGUAAUUCAUUCGUUUCCGUCAAUCAAACAAAAAUACAAAGAGAGUGAGAAAUAAAUAUAAAGGUUAAAAGGUUAUCAAGAUAUCAACAUCAUGGAAAAAGUUUGUUGACCUGAACACAUCUUUGAAAUAAAUAACAUCUACCGUAAUCGCUCUUCUCUUUUCUUUUUGCUCCCCGAAAAAUCUUUUCUCUCGGUGAGCACACACAUUUAUCAAAAAAUAUCCGACAAAUUGGAUUGUGUUCAGUUUUGUGUGUGUUGAUUGAAUUUUCCUAGGCAGCUCAUUCAUUUGAUAAGAUUUAUUGGAACAGAGCAUUUUUGAGCAAUUGCUAGACAUGUUUCAAAAAUAUUUGAGAUUAUCGCAACAAUUGUGGGAUCGAUAAUCGGGGAGAAAUAGGGGUUAGGUUCAAAAAUCAUAAUUAAAUUCACAAAAUCCAACAUCAAAGAUCUUUAUGAAAAAAAGCAUGGAAACUCAGAUUUUUAAAAAAUAUAUAUGCCAAAAACUUUUCAGUAAAACUUGAAUUUUGAACUUCAAAUUUCUUUUUUUUCUAGAAUGUUGAUUUAUGUCUGAAUUACAUGCUCAAAAAUCUGAUUAUGAUCCUAUAAUGCUAGAUCAUAUUUAUAACCAGUUCCAAAAAUUAUUUCCCAAUCACAAAAUGUGUAUUUUAGCAUGCGCUUGUCAUCAAGUCGGUUCACUCGGCAAAAGUUGCAACCAAUCAACCGGUCAAUGCGUUUGCAAACCAGGAGUCACUGGUACAACUUGUAAUCGGUGUGCAAAAGGCUAUCAACAAACUCGCUCAAUGGUUACACCGUGUACUAGUAAGUUGUUGUCUUUCCCAUUACCGGAUCAUCUUUUCUUUUCUAUUUGCGUUGAGCAAGUUAUUUAUUAAUAAGGGCAAAGAAACCUGAUCUUAUUUUUAGAAAUUCCAACAGCCGCCGAUUUUAUUCAACAGACAAAACAAUCAAGUUCCGAGGAAGAAGGUGAGAAUAAUAAAUAAAUACUGACAAUGAGCAACAUAAUAAACAUUUAAUUUAGACAAAUGCCAAAAGUGUCGAAUUGUUCCAAAGAGAAUUACCCAAAAGAAAUUCUGCAAACGUGAUCAUGCUCUUCAAAUUGUUAUCAUUGGACGUGAUAUGGUUGAUGGUUAUGCAAAGUAUCGUAUUGCUGUUGAAACAGUAUUCAAACGUGGAAAGGAUCAUCAUCAAAGAGGUGAAACCUCACUCUGGAUUACUCCACAAAAUGUUAUUUGCAAAUGUCCAAAACUUCGAAUUGGAAGAAGAUACCUUUUGUUAGGUAAGUCCUUGCCAUAUGUUGUGUCGUUCUUCUUUCAUCCUUUUUCCUCUUUUUUUCAAAACACACUUAUCGCCAAUGAUGAAUUGGGGAAAAAUGCUAAUUUUUGUGGAUAGAGAGGUCUUGCGGGAAAUUUGGCGGCUUUUUGUUUGGAAAUGUGUGAAGUGACAAAAAGGAUUAGGGAAGAACAAGGGAAAAGUGACAAAUUGAUUAUUUGGCGCGCUAAUCUGAUCUGAUAACAAGCAAGUUGGAAAUCAUUUUGUAUAUUUGAUUUUACAGGCAAAAACGACGCGGAUCACGAGAGAGAUGGAAUAAUGGUUAAUGGACAAACAGUGAUUGCUGAAUGGGAAGGAGAAAUUAUGGAAAAAGUUAUUCGUUUUUCGAAAAAAGAUAAACUCGGACAAUGCCCAAGUUCUGAAUCUGAAACUCAUCGUUACUAA